GUGUUUAUACUGCAGUUAUGAAAGAUGUAAUUGAAAAUGUGAAAAAAGACUUUAAAGACAGUGGAAUUGAUGAAGCAGUUUUAUAUGAACUAGAGCGUGUUGCAUCUUGGAAUCAUAUCGAUGGAAAUGUAGGAGAAGAGACUAAUGGCAAUACAACAAAUGUACCAUUUAUUCUACCCGCUACAACUACAGAAUCAACUAAUUACCCAUCAAAUGAAUUUGAAAAGCCACCCCCAGCAGCUGCAGAUCUUCCAACUCUUGCAAUCAAUUCUGAUGCUACUUCUAAUGGAAUGAGAAAACCCCAAUCUUAUAUGAAAAAAAGAAAAGAUAGCACCACUAAAAGGAAAUCGUAUGUUGAUGGAGACGAUAUCAAUUCUGAUCUUGAUGAUUCAGAUGAGGAUGAAGCAGCUGCUGAAGGAGAAUUUCAAAAUAUCAUUUUAUGUUUAUACGAUAAGGUGAAAUAA